UUGCUUAUUACUUAUGAUGAGCACGGUGGGUUUUAUGAUCACGUGCCCACGCCGGUUAAAGAUGUGCCGAAUCCUGAUGGGAUUAUUGGACCGGGCCCGUUUUAUUUCGGGUUUGAUCGGUUGGGUGUUCGGGUUCCUACUUUCCUUAUCUCUCCUUGGAUCGAGAAGGGCACUGUGAUACAUGAACCUGAGGGUCCUACACCACAUUCACAGUACGAGCAUUCUUCUAUACCAGCAACUGUGAAGAAACUCUUCAACCUUAAAUCUCACUUCCUUACCAAGAGAGAUGCAUGGGCUGGUACAUUUGAGAAAUACUUCUGUAUCCGUGACUCUCUUCGCCAAGAUUGUCCAGAGAAACUAGCAGAAGUUGAACGAUCACUAAGGCCAUGGGGAGCAAAAGAAGACGCAAAGCUCUCAGAGUUCCAGGUGGAGCUGAUCCAGCUCGCUUCCCAGCUCGUUGGAGACCAUCUGCUGAACUCAUAUCCAGACAUUGGGAAGAACAUGACAGUACGUGAAGGCAACAAAUACGCAGAGGAUGCUGUUGAGAAGUUUUUAGAAGCUGGUAAGGCUGCACUGAAAGCAGGAGCAGACGAGAACACCAUAGUCACUAUGAGGCCGUCUCUGACUACCAGGACCAGUCCCAGUGAAGGGACCAACAAGUAUAUUUAAAACUAUUGAAAAAAUCUACAAAUAAUGGAAUGAAUGAUAUGUAAAUACAUGUGGCCACCUCUAUGUUCCCCACGUCACUUGGAUACAUUCUAUGAUGUGGGAAAAAAGGGUAUAUACUUACGUAUGGUUAUGUAAUGGAUCAAAAGACAUGGUAACGUUAUGUUGCUCUCCGGACCUCCAUCUCCUUAGUAGGAAUAAGAUGGAGAGUUCUUGUAUUUACUAAUACAUACUUAUCCAAAAUUAGAUAACUAACCAGUUUAUGGUUAGCAUAAA